AUGGCGCCAAAGAAAAGAAAGGCAGAUGAAAGCAACCAAAGCGUGCGAGAUGUUCUGAGCUGCGCUAGAGGCGUAAGCCAGAAAGAGGCUGCCCGCGUGAUUAAGAAAGAUAAGCAUGAAACAGCCCCAGCACACAAGGACGCAAAUCGAUACCCAGAGACAUAUCCGCUGCUGAGUAGCAUCGCGGUUCGGGAAGCUGGCACAGACCAUAUCCUGCAACUCCCGGUCCUCAGACUGGACAAAGCCCUUCAGGCCAGAUGCCAGAAGCUACCAGGCCUUGCCGACGUGCUGGGCCACCACAUGCGAAAAGAAGCUGUGGAAGGGCUUGAUGGCAUUCUGUACGUAGACGAGGCCGUCCCCGGAAAUGUACUACGACCUGACCAGAACCGAAAAGGAUAUUUGGCACACUUUUCCUGGACAGCUUUAGGGCUAGGCCUUGCUCGAGGCAGCUCUUGGAUUACCGUUGGUUUUGUGCGGCACAAAACCAUAGACCAAAUCAGUGGUGGGCUGGCUUCUUACAUGCAAGCCCUGGCCUUGUUCUUAGAAGAAUGCGUGGUUGGAGUGCCUUUAGAGGACUCCUGCCGUGUUCCUUUUCUUCUGAGAGCAAGGAAAAUCUACCUGCUGGGAGACGAAGCUGCGCUGAAGGCUACGGCUGGCAGCAAGGGCGCCAGCGGCAUGCGUCCGUGCCUUAAGUGCCAAAACGCAGUGUCCAAGCAGCAUCGGCGUGCCGUGUCCUUGGUCUGCAUAGAUGAGCCGGACAUAUCGAAAUUCUUGCCUAUGCGGCAAGAAAAGUUGGAUGCGAUCAUGCAGCAUCUGCGAGCUGCUUCCAGCAUCUCAGAGUAUGAGAAAGACUGCAAGCUAUUGGGCUGGUACCUCAUACCAAGAAGCCUCAGCUCCUGUCCAGGAACUCUGGUCAAUGUCAUUGACAGCGUUUACGAUCCCAUGCAUUGCUUGUGGUCGAACGGAAUCGUGAAUGUGGAGAUUGGCCUCUUCCUGGAAAGAGCCGCUGCCCAGGGACUCCAGAAAACCAUGCUGCAAAGCCUUGCUGCCCUGGCAUGGAAAUGUGGGACAAAAGGAUCCGCAAAAGAGGUGCUGGAUGAGAGAAUCCUGGUCUUUGGUGCAGACUACAAAGGUGGUGCUACCCAGUGCGCCUUAGCUUUGCCUUUGCUCACAUACUUCGCAGAAACCGUGCUUGGAGACUGCAAAAGCUUGGCCCAAGAAGUCAAGAGCCUCCGACUGCUUUGUCUGGUGUGCUGCAAAGUUUUCAGCUUAAAGACUCCAGGCAGAAGCCUUCAAGAAACAAGCGGGCUUCAGAGCCUACAGUGCCAGCAUUUGGCUCAGUUUAAAGCAACGUACACAUCAAAGUAUGUCAAGCCGAAACACCAUUACAGCUUGCAUAUUCCGCAGCAGGUUGCUAUCAUGGGCCUGGCAGUCGACUGCUGGUCUACAGAAAGAAAGAACAAAAACUUCAAGCAAGCAGCCCCAAGGUUUCCGGUGCCAGCUAAAAUGGAAAAAGGAGUACUGCUCCUACUCAACGAGGAUGAGCAGAAAGACUCUUCUGACACCUAUAGCAAGCGACCCAAGCUGAAUAUGCCUAUGGUUCGGCGACCCCAUGUCGGGCGAAUCCUGGGGACUGACAACUUCCUUGCUUCCGAAAGCUUGCUGAUGGAAGGCGGCAUCCUGCAUGCGGGAACCUACAUCCUGUCCGCGGCUAAGGCCGUGAACGUUGAAUGCUUUGUGCAGCGACACGACGACCCCCCCAGUGCUUUGGGAUGUGAGCUGAAACGAGAAAACGACAGACUGCCCUUCCGAGAACAUACCUUUACGGUGUGGCGUCCAAGCAAGCAAUGCGUCCUGCUCGCGCCCGAGCAACUGUUGCAAGGAACCAUGGCGUCUUGGAUGUUGCCCAGUUCGACUGGCGACAAAGUCACGCUGCUACAUUGA